CUACUAUUUAUAAAAAAAGUUUCUAAGAAUGAUUUCCAGGAAAAUUAAAAUCUCAAUAUAAACCCUAUUAGGUCAGAAUACAGAGAAAAUUUUAUUUGAUCUGGUUGGAUGGUCCCAAUGACAUGGCCUCGUCUUCUUCUUCUCAUCACACACACAUUCCUCUCUCUUCAGACCCUGGUGGAAAGCCAAUAGAUUCAUUGGUUCCAAUCCAUAUUGUGACCAAUGCUUCUCAACUUCCAUCUGAAUUCCUCGAACCAUUAGCUGAGAGGCAAUUGAUCAUUGGUUUUGACUGUGAGGGAGUUGACCUAUGUCGAACUGGAAGGCUUUGUAUCAUGCAGCUUGCAUUUCCAGAUGCUAUAUAUCUAGUUGAUGCUAUUCAGGGUGGAAAGACACUUAUCAAUGCCUGUAAGCCUGCACUUGAGUCUAGUUACAUCACAAAAGUUAUUCACGAUUGCAAACGAGAUAGUGAGGCAUUAAAUUUUCAGUUCGGCAUUAAGUUGCACAAUGUUGUGGAUACUCAGAUUGCGUAUUCUCUAAUAGAAGAGCAAGAAGGACGAAAAAGAUCACCAGAUGACUACAUAUCAUUUGUUGGCCUCCUCGCAGAUCCACGCUAUUGCGGCAUAUCUUAUCAGGAGAAGGAAGAGGUUCGCGUCCUCCUUAGGCAGGACCCUAAGUUUUGGACUUACCGACCACUAACUGAACUGAUGGUCCGAGCAGCUGCUGAUGAUGUCCGCUUUUUACCUUACAUCUAUCACAAUAUGAUGAAGAAACUGAAUGAACGAUCCUUAUGGUAUCUUGGUGUUCGUGGUGCACUUUAUUGCCGAUGUUUCUGUAUCAAUGAUAAUGACUAUGCUGAUUGGCCAUCACUCCCACCAAUUCCAGAUAACCUGAUAGUGGAGGGAGAUGCUCCUGAGGAAGAAAUCCUGUCAAUUCUUGACGUUCCGCCUGGAAAAAUGGGACUUAUUAUUGGAAGAAGAGGAUCCUCUAUUUUGGCAAUAAAGAAAUCUUGCGAGGCGGAAAUUCUCAUUGGAGGUGCUAAGGGUCCACCUGACAAGGUAUUCAUCAUAGGACCAGUGAAGCAGGUGAGGAAAGCAGAAGCCAUUUUAAGGGGCAGGAUGUCGGAAAUAUAUUACUAAGGAGCAUUUGUGGUUAGUGCUUGUUUUCAAACUCCAUCUUAAUAAUAAUAAUAAUAAUAAUAAUCGCUUUCGCUGCUCCGA